AUGCUCCUUCCCUUCUACAACCUGUGGCAGCAGGUAGCCAGGACUCACACCUACAAUCCCCUGGAGGACUCACACCUACAAUCCCCUGGAGGACUCACACCUACAAUCCCCUGGAGGACUCAAACCCACAAUCACCUGGAGGACUCACACCCACAAUCCCCUGGAGGACUCACACCCACAAUCCCCUGGAGGACUCACACCCACAAUCCCCUGAAGGACUCACACCCACAAUCACCUGGAGGACUCACACCCACAAUCCCCUGGAGGACUCACACCCACAAUCCCCUGGAGGACUCACACCCACAAUCCCCUGGAGGACUAACACCCGCAAUCCCUCUAAGGGCUAACAACCACAAUCCCUUGGAGGACUCACACCCACAAUCUCCUGGAGGACACACACCCACAAUCACCUGGAGGACUCACACCCACAAUCCCCUGAAGGACUCACACACACCUACAAUCCCCUGGAGGACUCACACCCACAAUCCCCUGGAGGACUCACCCCCACAAUCCCCUGGAGGACUCACACCCACAAUCCCCUGGAGGGCUAAAACCCACAAUCCCCUGGAGGACUCACACCCACAAUCCCCUGGAGGGACUCACACCCACAAUCCCCUGGAGGACUCACACCCACAAUCCCCUGGAGGACUCACACCCACAAUCCCCUGGAGGACUCACACCUACAAUCCCCUGGAGGACUCACACCCACAAUCCCCUGGAGGACUCACACCCACAAUCCCCUGGAGGGCUCACACCCACAAUCCCCUGGAGGACUCACACCCACAAUCCCCUGGAGGACUCACACCCACAAUCCCCUGGAGGAAUCACACCCACAAUCCCCUGGAGGACUCACACCCACAAUCCCCUGGAGGAAUCACACCCACAAUCCCCUGGAGGACUCACACCCACAAUCCCCUGGAGGACUCACACCCACGAUCCCCUGGAGGACUCACACCCACAAUCCCCUGGAGGGCUAACACCCACAAUCCCCUGGAGGGCUAA